AUGGCAGCAGAAGAAGUCAAAUACUUUAGGCUGGACGACAUCAGCAAGCAGAACUCCUUCAAAUCCACCUGGAUUAUGAUACGACACAAGGUCUACGACGUGACCAGGUUCCUCGAGGAGCACCCGGGCGGCGAGGAAGUCCUGAGGGAGCACGCUGGCGCCGACGCCACCGAGAGCUUCGAGGACGUGGGCCACUCCAGCGACGCCCGCCGAGUCGCCGCUCAAAUGCUCAUUGGAGAGCUGCACCCGGACGACAGAGACAAAAUCACCAAGCCUGCGGAGAGUCUGGCCACCGUGUUGGAGGAGGAGCCCAGCUGGCGGCCCGGCUGGUCGAUCCUGGCGGCGGCCGCAGCCGCUGCAGUCACGCUGAUGUAUCGCGUGUACGUGGGCGAUCCCUGA